AUGGCGGCCUGACCAGGUUUGAACUAAAAAGACCGCAGCACACACUUUUGCAUAACGCAUAGCCAGUCUGGCAUAGCGCAUAAACGAAUCAACCAAUCAGGAACCUUCCUUUCCUCCACAUAUUGGCAGCCUUGAAUCUGGAACUUCGCAGUUUUACCUAAAAUAACUAGGACAGAGAGGGAGGGGGAAAGAGACACGAUGGAGAGAUUGGAUUGGAUGAUCGUAAAAAUUUGAAUUCCGAAUCCACUACAAACGAAGGAUGGAGAAUUAUUUAAACUCGUCUUCGAAGCAACAAGAAACCGAAGAAACGUCCAAUGUACAUUUAAAAAAUGAUACUGUUCAACACAUACCGCGAAAUAUGCGAGAUGCAGUGUCAUAUUUGAAACAAAAAGGAAUUCAUGACAUCAUCGAUUCUCUGCUCGGCGAGCUUCUGUUAUGUCGACCUCACGAUCCUUACGAAUAUCUAGUCCAACUCCUAGAUAGACGUAUUUUGACUCGCGACGGCCUUAUUGAUUCUCCUCCACCUUUCUGCUCCCGAGAUAUAAUAAGGCAAGCAAGACAAGCAAAUCUGCUCACAUUACUGGAAUUUACAACUAAAGGAACAAGGAAAUCUUAAGUGAAAAACACUACUUAUAAAAAAUAUUUGUAUCUCAAAA